AUGUCAAACUCAAAGUCGGGCGUCGUAAUACCAGACACUCCUCGUAGCCUUAGAUCAUUUGGAGGCGAUGCUGGAUUGGUGGAUCUACGCCCCACGAUUGCCAAAGAAAUGGACGGCGAAAUUGUGGAGUGCUCCGUUGAAGACUUCAUAACUACUUACCUUCCUUUCGCGCCAAAUGAAGAGCAGACCCAGCGUCUUGUGCAACAGCUUCUUCAGGAACAACCUCCAGCAGGAGGAAAGGUGGCAACUCGCAGUACUAAGGCUCCUAGGCCCUCGAUUUUAGUGGGCAACAAGGAUCAGUAUACCUUCCGUUCAUACCCUAAUGAGAAGGGAGAUGUCAAGCUAUCCUCACACGGCUCUGAGAAUGUAGCAUUCCGUGGAUGGUCAGCUAUUGCUGAGGCCAUCGCAGCCGCGGCGCCAGCCAUAGGACGCCAGGUCACCCAAUUCAAGUACCACGAUAUCCCGAACAAAAGGAUUGCUUCGGACAUCUUGGGUUCUAAUAACAGGAUUGAUGCAGGAUUCAUUCGUAAUUUUCCGGGUACCUCAUCUGAGCCCAGGACCACAGACAUAGCCGUCGUCGUAGAGUUCAAACUCGCCACCAAUUUGAAACAAGCUAAUGCUCGGCAGGCUGUUUCAGCAAACGUUCAAAUUAUGAACGACGAUGUUCGUCGUAUGUUCACCUUUGGUAUCACUGCUGAGUCCUCCGAAGUGACUCUCUGGUAUCAUUGUCGUUCGCACUCUGCGGUAUCGAAGCGAUUUAAUUUUGAACCGCAUCUCUUAAUCAAAGUGCUCGCCGCUUUCACCUUUGCCACCGAAGAACAACUUGGUUACGACCCUCUGAUUACUAGAGAGCAAGAUGGUCGUUAUACCUUCAACCUGCCUGAUCCUACCUCAUCUGGUCCUCUUCAACAGUUCAGAACUAUUGGAACCCUCUCCGAAUAUCGUACGAACAACAUCACCGGUCGCAUGGCUCGUGUAUACACAGUCAACAAACUGGACCCCGAAGGGAAACCCGUCGGAGAACCUCUCGUUCUCAAGGACGUUUGGCUGGAUGAAUCAGCCCAAACUGAGUGGGAAAUUCAAAAAGAAAUAUUCAAAGAUAUCGAAAAAUUUUGGGCCAGCUCGACGGAUAUACAGGGGAUGAAAGAACUUCACGACACCCACAAGCGUCUUGUUACCAGCGGAGAAUACAAGAAAUACUUUCUCGAAAUUGUCCUCGAUCAUGUUGGUACCGUCACUACGAGCCGUCCGGCAGCAUCAACCCCUAAACCAGGGCUACUCUUCAGCUCCACAAUGAAAACGCAUAAUCCGAACAUUUCCAGCACCAACAACGUUACGCCUCAGGGUACCGGCACCAGCUCUACCAGCGUUUUUUCCGGGACGCGAAAUACAAACGCUGGAACUCAUCCCAUAGAAUUUGACAAUGUCACUCCAGUUCCCGUUGCGGAGCGCCCUUUCAAACCUAAAAAGCGUUAUCAAGUGGUGUUCAAAGAUGUUUGCCUAACCGUGGGGCAACAUACAACCCUUGGUGAAGUUGUGCGUGUGCUGCGCCAGACCCUCAUUCCUCUUCAGCUGUUGCUCUGUGCCAAUUGGGUCCACCGUGACAUCAGUUCGGGAAACAUUAUGGCACACAAGGUCGAAUUAGAGAACGAUAAAGAGCCCUGGCAGGCCAAGUUGGCGGAUCUCGAAUAUGCAAAGAAGUUUCCUCAACACGAUGCUCAUGAAAAAUCUGUUGACCCGAAGACGGGAACCCCAUAUUUUAUGCCACUGGAAAUUAUGCUCAAGCGCUACCUUUACCAUCCGAGAACACGGAAACACACCACUGCUCUGGAAAGGGGAGAAAAGGCUAAACCAGCCAAAGUUGUGUUCCGCGACAGGAAAAAGCUGAGAGGCGUUUCCUCAAAGCCGGCUUCGACUAGACAUGUAAUUCACAACUUCCAACACGAUCUCGAAUCUCUUUGGUGGAUUCUCCUUUGGACUGUUACUUGCCGCAUCGAUUCUGAAGCUGCUUACGCUUAUGGGAGGCCAAUAUUUGUCAAUCAAAUCAUUCCAACCGACGAACGACAAGACUGCUUCAACGCCGAGAGCAUUCUGGACGAGCUGGAGCAGUUCUUGCCGGCACCCAAAUCAGAGGAUGAGGACACCUUCGCAGAGAUGAUUGACAAUCUCAGGAACUUCAUGAAUGACGCCUACGUUGCCCGCGUCUCCGAAGGGAAUCAAAACAAACCCGAGCAUUAUGUUGAAAUAUUCGCAAACUUCAAUGUUUGCUUCGAUACAAUGCUGGAGACUGCGUCUGAUUGGGCUGGACUACCUUUGAUUACUCGUUCAGCAACCCAAGGUCAGCCACAAUCUGUGGUUCCGGGACGACGAAAACGCACACGCGAGGAAGAAAGCAUCGCUGAUGCGCGCCUGGUUGACGGCGAGGAGAGAUCUGAGGCAAAGCUGCCAAAGAUGGAAGACAAUGAGGAAGAGGAGUAA